AUGGCAAAAAAGCCCCGCAAGUUUUGGUGGCGUAGAUUCCAUUUAUCGCGCCGUGAAAAACGAAGGGAAAUAUCAGCAUAUCGCGGAAUAAAAUACGGCUAUGGUUACAGAAGCAAGAUAUCUGUACCUUGCAUAAACCUGUGCGAUAUCGCUCAGGCGUACCGCGUUAUAGUUGGAGCCAUGGAUGAUGAGUGGGAGGCAGAUUUAGUCAUUAUGGAUUCAUUCAGUCAACAGAACAAUGUUAUUGAUGUACUCAGUAAAUAUGCGUGGGUUGAAGCAAUAAAAGCAAAGACAGAGGUAAAUCUUGCCACUGUGAUCUUGCCAAAGCCUUUGAGAAAAUAA